AUGAAGAAGAAGAUAAUGAUGAUGAUGAUGAUGAUUAUGACUCAAGAUGAAAAUGAUUUUAUUAUCGUUGAAGAUGAAAGGAUAACCAAAUCAAGGGAAAAUAAAGCUAAAUUACCACCAAACACAAACUUUUCAUACUUAUUCGAUGAAGAUGAUGAAUUUGAACAAGAUUGGGCCAUUGUUCACAAACAACUCCUUCAAACUGAUGGUUUUCAUGUUGAUUAUCUUCCUAAUAAACACAAAAGGAACUGGUAUCAGAUAAUUAUGGGCAAUUCUUGUUGUAAAUAUACUAUUGAAGCAGCUAAUUUAGCAAUUGCAGAAUAUAACAAACUUGAGGGUGCUAAUUUAGAGCUUAGGGAGAUUAUAAAUGUGCUAAGUAAGAUGGUUGGAGGAUUAUAUUUUGCUCUUACGUUGCAAUGUACGGAUGGAAAGUACUACGAAGUUAAGGUGUUAAAAUUGGGUCCCAAAAUUGAUUUAGAAAUGUUUAGGCCUGCUAAACAUUAUCCAAGGCCAACAACUACAAAACCAACUACAUCAGAAGAAAAAGAAGAGGAAGAAGAAGCAGCCUCCGACCAGAACAAAGGCUGUGUUGGAAGCGUUUGUUAG